AUGGAGGACACGCCAUACCAGUCCUUUCUUCGCCAACUCGAUGACUCUGAGCUUAUAGACCACAUCUCUGAGCUUAGUCAAGAGACCGAUGCUCCAGCCGCUAUCUCGACUCCGCGUCCUUCGUCUGUUCUGUCGGAUCCCUUCAACGAUGGGCUCGACUCUCAACUCUUACGCUUGGGAAAGCAACCUUCACUCUCCUCGCUGGAUGGUGUGCCACCAAACCAACUAGCUGUGCUUAACGAAACAGAUGCGGACUCCUCUGAUGAUGAAGACUUGACCCCUGUGGGUCCCCUUCAUCAAUUUGGUGACUACGCUACUUAUUUCCAAAACAAGCAUGCCAAACAACAAAACGCUGACGCAGCUUUUGUUCAAUGGGAGAAGAAACGCCUUCGAGCUAUGGGUAAGGCAGACACUCAUGUGCCCUUUUUCUCAGGGUGUGUGAUUUUUGUUAAUGGAAACACCACGCCUUCUCUUGCAGUUAUUCAUCGUUUGGUUGUUUUGCACGGGGGGAAGUUUCUUUCCUACUUGGUGAAUAAAGGUGCGGCUACUCACAUAAUAUGCGACAGACUUACGCCUAGAAAGCGGAUCGAGUUUCGUAAUUAUAAAGUUGUGAGGGCAAAAUGGAUAUCUGAUUGCGUAGAGCAAGGACGGUUAUUGGAUUGGAGAGAGUAUCGUCUUAUAGACAAUGUUGAGUAUUGUCAAAAAAGACUCGCCUUUGACAAUAUAGAAGCGACAAUACCACACACUGAUAAGGAUAAGGCGAAAGAGGAUCUAUCAGAUGACAUGGUUGAAAAGCAUAAUGAUAUAUUCGAAAUCCAGGAUGAAGCUAAAAUAACCCAGAGCGAGAACGUUGCACAUUCAUAUGAGAAUCAAGAUUUCAUCAUCAAGAACCAAAAUGUUACAUCUUUAUUAGGGAAAGAACGUGACAAAAGAGAUCUUGUGUUCGAAGAAACUGCGGAAAACUCGUCAGAUAAAUUGGACCCAGAUAUUCCCCACGAUGUUGCUCCCGAAUAUCAUAGUACUGAAGAUAUUGCUGUGGACAUAACCGAUAAAUAUGACAUCGCAGUACAUCAAAUGCCGAAUGAUGAUAUUGAAUCAGGCGUUCGGAAACAAUACGUGGCAAUGGAUGCAAAAAACCCUGAUUUCUUGGCUCAUUUCUUUGCGAAUUCAAGGUUGCACCAUCUCAGCACCUGGAAAGCGGAUUUACGUGCAAAGUUUGUCAGACUAGUUGCUUCCAAGGCGUCGCCUCGGAAAAGCGGUGCAGUAUCGAAUAGGAUUAUUAUGCAUAUUGACUUUGACUGUUUCUUUGCCACUAUAUCAGCCUUGGCCCAUCCUAAUUUGGAUAUUAAUAAAGACCCAAUCGCUGUUUCUCAUGGAGGUAAAUCAUCUGAUGUUGCCAGUUGUAACUAUGUCGCGAGAGCGAAAGGGGUUUCUAAUGGAAUGUGGUUGGGAACUGCCAAAACACAUUGUCCGGAGCUUAAUGUACUCGAUUAUGAUUUUGUUGCGUAUGAAAGCGCCUCCAAUAAAUUCUAUAACUACCUAAUUGGGAAGAAUGUUUUUGACACAAUUUUUCCUGUCCUGAUUGAUGAAGUUUUGGUUGAUGUGACCUCUUUUUGCAAUCAAGGCGAUAUUGUGAAGAAUGUUGAGUCUUUGAGUCUGGAAAUACGACUGGAUAUUUACAAAUUAACGAAAUGCCCGGUCAGUAUAGGAGCCUCUAAGAAUGUGUUACUAGCAAAAUUAGCCACUCGGAAGGCAAAACCGCGUGGUCAAUUCUACUUGUAUGAUGACAUUGAAUCAUUCUUGGAUGAUUUGACACUUAAAGAUCUCCCGGGAGUUGGAAGAGGAUUGACAGCCAAAUUGGCUGAAGAAAUGGACUGUGGAUCUCAGGUUCUAAUUAGACACGUCAAGUCCUUACCUUUGGAUAAACUUAUUAGGAUAUUUGGUGAGAAAACAGGAUCCAAGAUUUUUCAAAACUGCAGAGGCAUUGAUACUACGAGUAUCUCAUUAGACUUCAGUAGUGUGGAAUCGUUGUUGGGAAGAAAAUCUGUAUCAGUUGACGUUAACUAUGGUAUUCGGUUCGAUACUUUUGAGCAGGUCGAAACUUUUCUUAUGAAUCUUUCAAAAGAACUUUAUAAGAGGUUAUCUGACCUAAAACUAUGUGGAUCAUCCUUAACUCUUAAGCUUGCUAAAAGGCAUCCAAAUGCUCCCGUUAAUCCUCCGAAGUAUAUGGGGAUGGGGCUAUGUACUUUUCUUAGCAAGUCGUCUCGCUUGGGAAUACCUACUAAUGAUUGGGGGAUUGUUGGUUCAGAAAUAAGAUCUCUCUACAGAAUGUUAAAUGUUCCGCCUCAAGAGCUUCGUGGUAUAGCUAUCAGCAUGACAAAGUUGCAAGAUAUUGAGCAAAUGAAAAGCCACCGUCAAAGGACAUUGGAGUUUAAUAGAGCCAAAAAUAUGCGACGUCAAGUGAAAGCAAAUUCACAAGAAUUUCCAUUUGCAGAACCUGUGAGCAACGCACAAUCUAUUGAUUGGGCUGUCUUCAACCAAUUACCAGAUGCUAUUAGAAAUGAGUUGAAAAAAGAGCUAUUACGCAGAGGUAUACCAGUAUCUGCUAGAGAAAAAAGUCCAACGAAAAGAAGUCCCGUGAAGACGGAGGGCCAAAAAGUUUACAUACAACAGUUGUUUCCCACUCAGCCAGAUGGCCCUUUCAAGUCCACUCGAGUAAUUGAGUCACCAAAGAAAAGAAAAAGACUUAAAACGUCACCCACAAAGUCUAUCCUGCCUAUUAAAAGAGAAAAUUCACCUACACCCUUCAAUGAUACAGUAUCUUAUGAUCAGGGUGUUUUAGAUGAAUUGCCAUCCACGAUUCAGAGAGAGUUUUUUGCAGAAUUGGAAUGGCAGAGGAAAAACAAGAAACUUGCGACGGUUCCUAUGAAGGAAAGGUUCAAACAGAUUCAAGUGGAUGAAAAUACUGUGACGAACAAGGAGAUCAAUUUGGAAUGGCUUAACGGACAAAACAGGCUCACUGAAUAUGGUGAGUUUGCAAACAUGCGCAAUUUCGCCGAAAUCCAAUCUCAGGUUACACUAUGGGCUAGGCUGUCUUUGCGUUCGCAAGGGCCACAUGUGGAGGACAUAAAAAUUUUUUCCUCAUAUAUCGACGGCCUUAUUGCUUUGAAUAACAUUAAUCGUUGUCUUUUGUUGCUCAGGCUGAUCAGCCAUGAGGUUAAUGCACACCAGUAUGCAAUUACGCUUUGCCCUCUUUCUUCGCAAGAAAAGCAGGACUAUCUUCUUGGAUUGAAAGAUUGGCAGAAGUUUUAUGAACAGUUUAGGCAACGCGUCAUUUCAGCAUGCAGCCAGCGAAAGAUCAUAGUAGACAUUUAA